UGGCAACGUCUCACAUCUGGUUAAACAGCUGACGAAGUGUAAAUUAUUUGUUGCACGCUUUAUGCUACAGAUACUUAAUAUUUUUAAACAAAGCAUUAAAUUAACAAAUAAUUGUAUUAAAUGUGAGAACGUGUAGCUGCUGCCUCCAAAAUGUCUAUAGAAUAUGCUAAUCUCUGUUCAGUAGUGGUGAAGCAGGUAUUCGGCGAGACAGUGCAAAUUGUUGCAGAUUGUUUAUUCUGUGCAGUCUCACGCACAUUACCGGCUAUCUUAAAAACCACAAAACUAUCACGCAAAGAGGUGUCCCUUGCACUGGCGGUGCUUAUUAAAUAUCAACUGGUUGUGUUUAUACCUUGCGAAUCAAACCCUUUCUUGGCGGAGUACUCGUUGAAGCGUGAAGAAAUUUUCAAUAUUCUACGUUAUCCAGGUUAUGUGCAAUUGAUUCAUACAAAGUAUGGUGCAGUUGGUGCUGCCAUUGCAGAGGAGCUACUGCAUGGCGGACCUCAAACAGCUACUAAUGUGCUGCUUAAAUGUAUAGCCAGCUCAGAAGUCAAGGAAAAAGUCGACACCUAUCGUGACAAUUUCUUGACUAUGGUAAGCGAUAAUUAUUUAAUACGUUUACCACAGCUGAUAACUGGCGAAGAGGAAACUAUACCGAAAUUUCAAAUUGAUGCUUAUCAAUACUUUGUGCCACCAGAUAUAAAUCUACAUUUCAUCGCACAAGUACAAGCUGGCAAAGAAAAUGUGGAAAAAGCUGCAGAUGCAGGCAUUUUUUGGCAGUUAAAUUUCAGUCGUUUCCAUCAGGAUUUUCGGGAUGCGGUAAUGAUCGGUGCGAUAGAGAAGAAACUUGGUGCCAGCACUGGCGAAUGCUUUAAAUAUAUACUAAAACAAAUGUAUGAGCGUACAGAUCCCUGGCAAAAGGAAUGCUCGAAUCCAUUUACACUAGCUGAAAUCAAACAAUUGAUUGAAAAGAAAUCCAACAACCUAGAUUUGAUUAAACAUUUAGAUCAGUACGUCACGCUUAUAGCUGAUGAUCCCUUAUGUUUCAUACGCAAGGUCGGCGAUAUGGGCGGUGGCCAAUAUGUCGUAGAUUUAAAUCGCGCUUUCGAGGAAUUAACAUUGGCUUGGUUUGGGCAUGUAAUAACCGAACGUUAUGGCUCGAAGGCGUCCCGCAUAUUUCGCAUUAUUUACAUGAAGAAAUUCAUCGAGCAAGAAGAGUUGCAAAAGGAGGCGAUGAUACCAGCGCGUGAAGCAAAAUUGCUGUCGUACUACCUAUUUCAAGAUCAAUUUAUACAAAUAAAAACUAUUAGAAAAGCGGGUGGUGGUGGUACGGGACCUGCUAAAGCCUUCUUCUUGUUCCACUUCAAGCCCAGACAGAGCGUGCGCAUGGUCUUAAAUGUUUGCUAUAAAGCUUUAUAUAAUACAAUUGAGCGCUCCAAUUUCGAAAAGUCCGAGCAUAAACGCUUAAUUGAGAAAUCACAAAAGUUAGACAGCAUUGUUGCAACAAUGAAGGAGCGUGGUGAAUCUGCCGAAUAUAUUGACGAGAUACUCGAAACUUUGACGCCGCCCGAGAGAGAGAUACUGGAAAAGGUGAAAUCUCGUCUCAAGACUCUCUCGAAAGCUGAAAUAACCUUAGAUAGUAGCAUAUUUCUAUUACAAAUGUAUCUGUUUCACACGAAAGUGCCAACGACCCUUUCAAAUAAAGACAAGAAGUUGAUGUAAAAAUACACGAUUUUUGUUUAAAUUUAUUUUUAAGUAUAAAAAAUGUAAUUGCCAUUUAAUUUUGAACAAAAUUUGGACUUGUAAAAACUUAAAGUUUAAAAUGAUAACUUAAAGCACUGCAACAGCUGCAGAAAUCUGACUAUAUACAAAUGAAGGAAAAAAGUUGUAAAAGUACAGAAACUCGUGUAUAAAUAUAUAUGUGUGUUCGUAUAAACAUACAGACAUAAAUAUUGUAAAUGCACUGGUCAUAUGAAAACUUGUAAUGUUGUGUAAUAGUACUUACAUAUAUGCUAAACUACAAAUAUUAAUGCUAACUUUAAACUAAAACUAAAUUAAAUUAAACUCUUUUACGAUGCAAUGAAUCGCAAAUGAAUGAGCUAUUAUAGUUAGAUCGCUGAAAAUGGUGACGAAAGUGAUGUGUUGUGUAUGAUAGAACUUUAACUACCAAGGAGAUUUCAAUAACUUUAUUUUUUUUACGAUUCGAGCGUCACGUGCAGUUACUUAAGGGGCACACCGAG